UUUUUUUUUUUUUUUUUUUUUAUUGGUGUAAUUUCUUUAGACUGAAAAGUUUUUUUUCCGCACAGCAGGUUUUUGAGAUUACAUAACUCAUACAUGUUAAAAUUUAAAAUUGCACAAUCAUUACUCAUUUAGUGGAUUUUUGACAACUUGAAAAUUUAGUCAUUUGUCCUGCUUAUUGCGUUUUUAAUCACUUGGCAGAUAAUAAAUUUGUUUGUAUUAAAAUAAUUUUGAAUAAAUUAUGAAUGUUUAAAGACAGUUUUUUUAAAAAAAUAUAAAGACGUUUGAUAAAUUGAUGACACAGUGUUGUACAAUCUUAUAGUAUAUAUCAUGACAAUAACAAUGGUGUUUUUUUGUGUAUUAUGUUUUUCUUUAUUAUUUACAGCGAUAUUACAAAAUCGGCUGACUCCUUUGAUGAGUUUGAAGCCCUGUGGGUGCAGAUGGGGGAAGAACUAGAAAAAGAGGCUUCUUCUCAACCACAAGUCGUCACAGUGACACCAAACACUUCAUUCGGGGCGUCAUUUAACAGUUCCUGUACAUCAGACAAACUGAUCUCAUUGGAACCGUCGUCCCCCAAGUACUCCCCAGCCAUUGAUGAAAACUGGCCACCGGCCUUGAAUCAGGAUGGAAACUGGUUACCGGCUCCUGUGAUUGACCAGGAAACUGGAGAAAAGUCUUUCAGCGAUGUAGAGGACUCGAUUCUAACCACGUUCAGACGGAAAAAUCCUAAAAAGUUUAAAGCGCUGGAGAAGAAGAUGAGGACACCUCUUAAAGAAAAUGUUCAAGAACAAUUCAACCUCUUACGAAACAUACAUAGGAGGAUAGCGGAGGACAUUGAGCAAAGUUCCAUCAUAAUAAAUUACUUGGAAGAUAAGUGUUCCACAGAACCCGCCAAAAAACGUGCAAAGUUAACUACUUUGUAACUGGUGUCUUUAAAAUUUCAACCUCUUUUGAAACAUGUACACAUGAGGAUAUCGGAGGACAUUGAGCAAAGCUCCAUCAUAAUAAAUUACUUGGAAGAUAAGUGUUCCACAGAACGUGCAAAGUCAGAAACUUUAUAACCGGUGUCUUUAAAAUGGGUAAAGUGUUUCAAGUUAUUAAAUUCAAUAGGUGAGAUUUGUAAAUAAUAUUUACCUCUAGAAGAUGUCUGUUACCGUACGAGAUUUGACUGUGAAUAAAAUUUGAAAACUUAACUCUGUUAUAUAGUUUCUGAAAUAAUGUUAUGUCAUUCAGGUUAAAAAAAAGACUCCCUACAAAUGUUUGCCUAAAAGUUGCAAUGUCACUUUACCAAGAGUUAACGAUGGCAUUUCUCUAAAUGUUGCUAUG